AUUAACAGGGCGAGCCCAUGAAUCCAUGACAAUGGAGUAUUUGCCCCAUUCGCCGCACAGUUAACGAAGUUCACAGAGCUCUCAGGCCAUUCCAAGAAAAUGCUGGAGCGGGUCCUCUCCCUGCGCCGAGCCGCUCCGCCACACGGGGACGAAGAAGCCGAAAACAACGACGAUGGCGCCACAGACGAGUCUAAGACCAAGAAGCAGCAACUCCUGCUCACGACCCGGGCCUUUAACUACUUUACUCGAAUGGGUCCCAUCGGACCCUGCCUCGCAUUCCUAUUCCUCGCCUUCCUCGCUCUCCUCUCCUUGCUACUCUUCCACUCCCACAGUUUCGUUUGCGUCUCCUCCUACUACGACCCGGUUUACCGCUCCAGCUUCUUCGGGUUAGACGGUCUCGAAUCGGAUUUCGGAUCCCUCGGCGUGCCCUGGUGCAGAUCGAAACAUGGAAAAACGGUUGAAUGGACGUCUAAGGAUUUACUUGAUGGCUUGGAAGAGUUCGUGCCUAUAUAUGAAGCUCGGCCAAUUAAGAACAACAUGUAUGGGAUGGGUUUUGACCACAGCUUUGGGCUAUGGUUCAUUGCUCGAUGGCUGAAGCCAGAUUUAAUGAUUGAGAGUGGUGCUUUCAAGGGGCAUUCCACUUGGGUUUUGCGGCAAGCAAUGCCAGACAUCCCAAUCGUGUCACUUUCACCCCGACAUCCCGAGAAGUAUCUCAAGAAGGGACCUGCUUAUGUUGAUGAAAACUGCACAUACUUUGCUGGAAAGGACUUUGUUGAUUUUGGAAAUGUUGAUUGGGGAAGUGUGAUGAAGAAACAUGGGAUUACUGAUCUGAAUCGGGUUCUUAUAUUUUUUGAUGACCAUCAGAAUGAAUUGAAAAGAAUAAAGCAGGCCCUUAAAGUUGGCUUCCAACAUCUUGUUUUUGAGGAUAACUAUGACACUGGAACUGGAGAUCAUUAUUCCUUAAGGCAGAUAUGUGAUCAAUCUUAUAUAAGAGGAGGUGGCCACAGCUGUUUUAAAGACAGUGAUGAAGCUCGGAUUAGAUCAAAAAGAAAGAAAUUCUGGGAGAAAGGGACGGAUAUAGAAGAGCUUUGUGGGCCGGGUGAAGCAUGGUGGGGUGUUAGAGGGUAUAUGCGGGAUAACUUCAACCACAGUAAUCAGCCAAUCUCCCAUGCAGAACACUUUCAGAACAGCCGUUUUCUGGAAUCAAUUCUUGAUGUUUAUUGGGAACUCCCUCCGGUUGCUGGACCUUCUCUUACUCAUCAAACAAGAUACGAUCCGGCUCGUGCAACCAGUCCUCUUGUUGAAGAUGGUCGGUAUGGCUUGUACCAGCGGCUCGGUCUAACCAGGCUGGAGACUUCUACAUUUAAUGGAUAUACUCAGAUGGUUUAUGUUCAGAUAUCAAAACAAUAGUUUUAAAUCUAUGUAGAUGAGAAUGCGCUUGUUUACCCUCCAUGGUAUUUUAUAUCAUGCACGUAAGUUUUCUCCUUAUUGUUGUGUCGACUGUUUUCCACCUUUACUAUGAGAAUCCAUCCCUCAGGGGGACGACAUAUUUUGUGUA